GCCUGGAAAGGGUAAGAGUUGGUGGGUAUUUUAGCUGGGUUUUUCUGUGGGUGGGCAAGCCACCACGAUGAGGACUCCGCUUCUAAUUUUACUUCCUGCGAUAGCGCGAGCAUGGGACUGGAGCAUUCUGCCCGCGUGUUUGGUUGACAAAAAUACAGGGAAAAAAAGGCAAAAUGCUGACGAGAAAGCUAAGAGAUGGAAACUGAGAUGGGCGGAAACAAGCGGAGGCUAAUGUUCCAGAUACCUGUGGUAGCCGGGGAAUGGUUCGACAGCAAAGAAUCCAACAUAAUAACAGUGCUGCUAUCAGCAGAAACACUGACCAGGACUAUUGCCAUGGCCAAGGGUUGCGGGGAUUUAUGAAGAACAGCAUUCCAGCGGCUUGACACCUCUGUGUUAACCUUUGUGUCAGGCGCAUGCUUGAAAAGGUCUCGCACGGAGGAUGAAGAAGUCUAAAAUAGCAUCAUGAGCCGAUACAUUGGCAAUUUGUUCCAGCGACAAGCGGUCGCUAAUUCGCCCAUACAUCGACGACUUUUGGAUUGCGAUCAAGCGAAUAGCUCAGGCGAUGAACCUUGUCUUCCUCACUCGCACUGCCGAAAUUAACAUGAAUGCAUCACCGCUAUUCAAUGGCCAGCGCUUAACUGGAUGAGAUUCUGUAGCGCUGGGGUGCGCUGCCAGGGAGAUGGCUUCGAGACAAUGUCCAUGCGCGCCUGUGCACAGAAAGCUUCAGCGUCGUUGGGGCGAUUUCCACAUGGAAAAGCCAAAUCCAAGAUGGUCCUUGAUUACCGUCGCUCAUUAAGCCUUUCCAUUAAUCCUGCCAUGCAACGCUUGAAAUUGCGAGCUUCGAUGCAACGCAGCACCGUCCCGAGGGAACAAAGGGGAAAUUAGGUGCAGCCUAUGUCGAGGGAGCAAUAAGAAUGAAGCAGCCAAUGAUUGUUGCCCCUGGCAAGCCUAGAGGCCGCUAGCGUGGCCCCUCUGCGCAAAUGUAUGGGUUGCUCAGGCCCACCCACCAACCCUGCCUGCCUGCCUUGCUUUGGCGGGCCCUGGCACUAGCACCAGGACACCGCGCGCCGCUCACCUGGUGCCCGCCAAGCCGCGCCCCCCAAAAGCGACAGGCAAGGCAGGAGCGCUACUUGUACCUUCCUUCCCUUGGUGCCUUUCCGCCCACAGCCAGGUUUCUGCGCCCAUGCAUACACAACAACUCGUUUUCCUCUCUACACCUAAAACCUUCGAACCGAAAUUCUCAUUCGUCUAACCAUCGUCGAGCCUCGAAAUCGCUCUCAUCUCUAGAUCGACGAAAUAUUCUCCGCACGUGACCGUCGCUUCUGCGACCUAUACCCGCAUACCAUCGCUAGCUCACUUGGACGAAAGCGGCAACCAUUGCCAACAGUCACCAGCCUCCGCCUUCUAUUUCGAUCUCAUCUCGUCAAAUCGACCUAGUCGGCUCUGAAAAAGUCUGCCAGGGUCUUCAGAUUCCCCCCAAAUCUGCGUAAAUACUCUACACUUCUCGCGACUGCUCUACACGGCACAAUUGUCGCGUGUUUGCCGCCGUUCGAGUCCACCAGCCGACGUUCGUUUCUGGGGGUAACCAGCACAUCUUCGCUCCGCUCUCGACGACUGUCAACCUAUCACUUCUCACGGAACAAGCCAAACAGCAGCCAAGAUGGGUUCGACCGAGUUUGGAAAAUUCGAGAACUUCUGCCGAGACUCUACUCUGCCAGUUUGCAACCUUCUUUCACGCAACAAAACACAAGCUGGGCUAUGGGGAGGUUGUGAGCUAACCGGCAUCCCCCUUGCCGAUGAUAAACACCUUGGCAAUGUUGGCUCUAUUAUUCUCUGCGCUGCAGCUAUUGUUGCCUCUGUUCUACUUAUAAUCAAGUCUGAUAAGAAGAAGGCGGCUGUCGGAAGAAGAGAAAUGCAGCUUUUCCUCAUCGGCUAUAUCAUCAUCAGCAUCUGCGAGAUUUUUAGCGUUGGCGAAUUCCCUCUUAGUAGCCAAGUCAGACUUGCAUUCAGUGCUAUCCACAUUGGAAUGAUUACAGCAACUACCUGGAUCCUAAUGCUUAAUGCCGUCAUUGGUUACCAGCUGCUUGAUGAUGGAACUCCUGCAUCAGUUGCCUUGGUUCUUGGCUCGGCUGCGGCCUUCUUGAUUGGAACCGGCUAUAUCGCUCUCGACACGGGAUUCCAAUUCACUGGAUACUGGAACGAUAGCAAGGAUCUCCCUAACCGUCACAUCGCCCUCUAUGUCCUCUACCAAUUGGUUCCUCUGAUCUUCUUGGUAGCAUUCUUUGUCCUUGAGUCUAUCCUCGUCAUCCGCGUCCUCGGCGAAAAGCGCCCUAUGCUCUACCUCACCAGCGCAGCUGUGCUCUUCGCCAUUGGUCAGGUGUUUAACUACACUGUCAGCAAAUACAUUUGCGACGGCACCAGCGGCAAGAUUGACGGUGCUUUGUUUGAAACACUCUUCACUCUUUUGUCUGUCAUCAUGGUUUGGGUCUUCUGGUCAAGCAUCACUGAAGAUGACUGGCCAACUCCCGUCCACUCUUCUUACUCAUGAAGCAUGAAUUGGUUGCGGCGACAAAUUUGUUUUGAUUUAAAUACUCGGCGUUUUUUUGACAGCACCUGAUAUUUAUACUGGAUUCUUUUGCCACGUGUGCUUUUGUGGCCUUGCCGGAUUCGCUUUAUCCAUGACUUCCACUUGAUCUGUUACUCUACCAACGAGGAUGCAUGAUUUCGCUGGAAGCAAGAUGACGCAAUGAAUUCCAACAAAGGAGAUGAUAUAAGCAGAGGAAGAUUUAAUGAAUGGAGCCUGACCACUGCUGAUAUGGCUUUUGUAUUUUGAGAUACACAGUGCUGAGGCGGGUCGUAUUGCUCUGGGAUUGCUUGGGUACAAAAGAAAACGAGGAGUUUGCAUACAGGAUUAAUAUUCUGCAGGGAUCUCGAAUCCUAUUCAGAACCGCUUAUCCUAUGUCAUUUGACAUUGUUUGUACUGGCCAUGACUUGUUUGGCUUGAGCUUUGUGGAUUUACACCUGUGUCGGUUUUAUACCCUGGUUGAAUGUUAUAAUAGUUUUGUGGGAAGUCUACGCAUUAUGAUGCUGUUAGCUAGAAAUUUAAAUAUAAAUACUACCAAUGUAUCUUUCUCAU